GGCGGGCGCCGGAGCUGCGAGCAGGGAGCGGAGCAGGCGAGCGGGCGGCGGCGGCGAGGUCUGCGGCGCGGGCGCGGGAAGAGAGCCACCCCCUCAGCAGCCAGCCCCCAGCGGUUUGACCCCUUCCUCGGGACCGCGCCAAUGCCUGGCCCGACCCAGACCCUGUCCCCCAAUGGCGAGAACAACAACGACAUCAUCCAGGAUAACGGGACCAUCAUUCCUUUCCGGAAGCACACGGUGCGCGGGGAGCGCUCCUACAGUUGGGGAAUGGCGGUCAAUGUGUAUUCUACCUCGAUAACCCAAGAGACUAUGAGCAGACAUGACAUCAUCGCCUGGGUCAAUGACAUAGUGUCGUUAAACUACACGAAAGUGGAGCAGCUCUGCUCAGGAGCGGCCUACUGCCAGUUCAUGGACAUGCUCUUCCCCGGCUGCAUCAGUCUGAAGAAGGUGAAGUUCCAGGCGAAGCUGGAGCACGAGUACAUUCACAACUUCAAGCUCCUGCAGGCGUCCUUCAAGCGGAUGAAUGUGGAUAAGGUGAUCCCGGUGGAGAAGCUCGUGAAGGGGCGCUUCCAGGACAACCUGGACUUCAUCCAGUGGUUCAAGAAGUUCUACGACGCCAACUACGACGGCAAGGAGUACGACCCCGUCGAGGCGCGGCAAGGGCAGGACGCCAUCCCGCCCCCCGACCCCGGCGAGCAGAUCUUCAACCUGCCCAAGAAGUCGCACCACGCCAACUCCCCCACCGCAGGUGCAGCUAAGUCCAGUCCAGCAUCUAAACCAGGCUCCACCCCUUCUCGUCCCUCGUCAGCCAAAAGGGCUUCAUCCAGCGGCUCGGCAUCGAAAUCGGACAAAGAUUUGGAGACACAGGUCCUACAGCUGAAUGAACAGGUACACUCGUUGAAGCUGGCCCUGGAGGGCGUGGAGAAGGAGCGGGACUUCUACUUUGGGAAGCUGCGGGAGAUCGAGCUCCUCUGCCAGGAGCAGGGCCAGGAGAGCGACAGCCUGGUGCAGCGGCUGAUGGAGGUCCUCUACGCCUCCGACGAGCACGAGGGCCCCCCCGAAGAGCCCGAAGCGGACGAGCAGGCGCACGAGCAGCCCCCACAGCAGGAGGAGUACUGACGCCCGCGCUGCCGCCGCCGACACCCCGUGUCGCGUGGGGACUUUGCCCCCGGAGAACUGGAGCUGGCGGCCUCGGGCGCCAGGGACUGCGGGCACAGCGCCCGCCGCGCGGCUCCGUCCCUCCGCCGCCGCCGCCGCCGCCUGGCACACGCCCCGCUUGGGCACGGGAUUGGUUCCGUCUCCUCAUCCCCCCGCCCCGCCCCCCGCCCCGCCCCGCCCCGGUGUGGAACAAUGGUAACUUGAUAUUUGGUAUUUAUAUUGGCGUUUCUCACCCCGUGUCACUAGAUGUCACACACAGUGGUGCUUUGGUGUUUGUGAGUCUAACCUCUGACAUGAAUCUGGUAAAGAAAUAAACGGGACAAAGGGAAA